GCGAUUGGAAUUUCUGGGGGGCUGGUUCACUAACUGCACCUUACUCAACUCCUUAUAUGACUCCAUAUAUGCCGCAACAGGUUGCAAAUUCUGUAUCUAAUACAACAACCCCGUCACACUACCAAACCAAUUUAUCUAAUUCUGAAGCUUAUUUUUUACAAAGUAUGCAGUACCAAGAAUUUGUGCAACAGUACUUUAAUAUAAUGGCUGCAGCGAGUGGUCAACCGGGGUUUGACUGCUCACAUCAGAGAAUAUAUAAAAUAUUACAUGAAAUGGGAUCCAGAAUAAAGUUCUGCUUGCAAGGCAAGCUGAAUGGUAUUGAGGCCCAGAAAGCAUUUACUGAUUCGCUACAGGCGGCUAUGCAUCAAAUGCAACAUAAUCUUCGAGUUUCGUCGCCAUUUGUUACUGAUUUUGUUGGACCAACAACUUCUACAGGCUCAAGUGCGACUGCAAAUUCAUCUCCUGCACCAAGAGCUGCAAACACAGUAAAUCUGGGGAAGAAGGGUUGUUUGAGAGCAACGCGUUCUUCAGAGGCCAUAUUUUGUUCAGAUCUCGAUCAAUAUACAGUUCAGAAAGACUGUCAAAGACUUCUUGAGCAACAUUCCAGCAGUAGCAGUUUGCCGGGAGACAAAGGGCCAUCAGAUUGUCCGGACCAGUGUUCGAAAUCGGCUUCAACGGAAUGUUCAAAAAAUGCUGCCAAUGGGUGUAAGGGUGAAUAUGUAUCAGCACACCCGAGCGAACCAGGUACCAGCGGACCUAGCUCUCACUCUGAAUUAGUAGAAGAGUCUAAUUUUGGUGAUGGCUGUUCGCCAAAAACAAAUGAAUCUACACCAAAAAAAAUGCCCAGUGAGAGGGUUGUGACUGGUUUAUCGGAAGCACAGUUACCGGAAAGAUCAAAACCUACGUCAGAGAAUAGUAGUAGUCAGAUUUCAGAGGAUAUUUUAAUUAAAAAGCAGAUGAGUGAAAUUGACAAGCAGAUUAAUAGGAGGAUGCAGAACAAAAACAUUCGAAAGAUCAAUGAAGAAGAAGUAGCACAACUUUUAAACAAUGCCAGUGAUUGUCUAGCUAGCUCUUCUUCUGAACAACCUAUAUCUUCUUUUAAUCAGUCGGCCAUUCCUUUCGGAUCCAACACGGGAUGUGAUAGUGAAAAGCACCCGCCACCACAGUCACUGGACCAGCUAAAAGAUUCUUUUGGGCUCUCUCAACCUCCGGCAACAGCAUCGUCAAAUCAGUUUGUGCCUCAGAAUAACUUUUUGCAGUCGUCUCUUUACCCAUUUCCACCAGGACCACAAAUUAACCCCGUGCAACAGUUCCCACAAAACGCCCCGUUCCCUCUUGCUGCUACCGUGUCGCAGUUGGCUCAAACGAUGCCAACAUUUCCACCAGGUACCGUGCCAACAUUCCCCCCACCAUUCCCAUUUCCAUCUCCCUUCUUCUCAGGUACUCAGCAACAGAUGGUUGCUGCUUUUCUGCAGCAGUUACAAAAUAACCAACAAACUGUUAGUGAAUCUGAUAAUGAGAACAACUCAGAGCAAAUUAAUAACAAAAAAGAAUUUAGUACUUCAUCAACUAAGCAGAAUCAAGGAGAGCAGCCUUGGGUCGAAAGUGAUAGCUGGCAUGAAAUUGAUGCACGACAUAAAACAAAUUCUGAGCAACCAAAAGUUAAGCUGUCAGAUAAUGACCAGGUGCAGCAGCCGGCAGAAAAUGGAGAAAGCACAACACCGGUUUGGGUCAUGAGACUUCAGAGUAUUUGUCAGUUUUCUAGGGAAUCUUAUUUGAAACGUAUCCAACGAGAAGAGGAUCGGAACCAUGAUGAAACUGAGCUUCAAAGAGCUUCCGAAAGUAUGAGACUAUUUUAUUUUUUAUUGGCAGUUUGUUAUAAUCAUUUCAUUCAAGAUACAGACAGUGUUCCCGAAGAAAUAGAGGACGAAACGGAUCAUCUACUUUCUAAAAAUGAAAGAGCUGCAGAUGAAGCCUCUUCAAAAAAGAAUCCUAAAAAGGAAGUUAUAGUACACGAACCUGCAGUGCUGAUUGAAGGUGUUCUUUUCCGUGCUAGAUAUCUUGGUUCGACACAGUUAAUUUGUGAAGGUCGGCCUACAAAAACCAGCCGUAUGUUGCAAGCACAAGAAGCUGUAGCUCGCGUAAAGGCUCCAGAUGGAGAAAUGCAGCCUAGUACUGACAUCGACUUAUUCAUAUCCACUGAGAAAAUUAUGGUCCUAAACACAGAUCUACAGCGCAUAUCAGAAACAGAUGUACGACAGGAUAUCUUAAUGGACCAUGCCUUAAGGACUAUAUCUUAUAUUGCUGAUAUUGGCGAUUUGGUUGUUUUAAUGGCACGUCGCAUAUCUCAGUCGGCUAGCGAAGAAGAUUGCAAUUCUGAAGACUUGGAUUCUGUCCAGCGUACUCCUAAGGUAAUCUGUCAUGUCUUUGAAUCAGAGGAAGCUUCUUUUAUUGCUCAGUCAAUUGGCCAAGCAUUUCAAGUUGCAUAUGUUGAAUUUCUGCGUGCCAACGGGAUCGACGACCCAUCAUAUCUGCGUGAAAUUGAUUACCAAGAAGUUUUGAAUUCUCAAGAGUUGCUAGGAGAAGAACUGGAAAUGUUUUCACGGAAGGAAACUCAAAAAGACGUAGUUGUCCCGAAAAAGGCAGGAGAACCCUUAGGUGUUGUUGUUGUGGAGUCCGGGUGGGGGUCUAUGCUGCCCACCGUUGUUAUCGCAAAUUUGCAGCCCGGCGGAGCGGCUUCAAGAUGCAAUCAGUUGAACAUAGGGGACCAGAUAAUUGCUAUUAAUGGGAUCUCACUGGUCGGCCUUCCUCUCGCAUCCGCUCAGCGAACAAUUAAGGGUGCUCGUAGUUCUACUGCAGUAAAGCUAACUGUGGUUUCGACACCACCUGUUGUUGAAGUUCGAAUAAAACGCCCGGAUACAAAGUAUCAGCUGGGAUUUAGUGUACAAAACGGAGUGAUCUGCAGUCUACUUCGGGGUGGUAUUGCCGAACGAGGUGGUAUUAGAGUUGGACAUCGCAUCAUCGAAAUCAAUGGCCAAAGUGUUGUUGCAGUACCUCACGACAAGAUUGUGAAGAUGCUGGCAACAGCAAUAGGAGAAAUCCAUAUGAAAACAAUGCCCACUUCAAUGUUCCGUUUGCUCACAGGGCAAGAAGUCCCUAAUUAUAUUUAAAC